CUGCCAAUGCAGGGGACACGGGUUCGAGCCCUGGUCUGGGAGGAUCCCACAUGCCCCGGAGUAACUAGGCCCGUGAGCCACAACUACUGAGCCUGCGCGUCUGGAGCUUGUGCUCCACAACAAGAGGGGCCGCGACACUGAGAGGCCCGCGCACCGCGAUGAAGAGUGGCCCCCGCUUGCCACAACUAGAGAAAGCCCUCGCACAGAAACGAAGACCCAACACAGCAAAAAUUAAUUAAUUAAUUAAUAAAAGAAAGCUGUUGUAUGUAGAAAACUUAAAAAAAUAAACCAAUGAAGUUAAUAAAAAAUUAAAUUAAAUCUCCUUUAAAAAGUAUAUACACACCUCAGUGUGUUUAAAUCACUUCCUCAGAAGAAUGUGCACUUAAGCAGCACUGCCUCAGCAGUCACCGUCGACACAUCGCUCUUUAGUGACGUCUUCCCUUAAACAGGUUAGCAGAGAUGGUGUUCUAACUGCAGUGGACCCUGUAGAAGGGCUUCCUUGCCCAGAGCUAUACAUUUCCCUACAGAGCAUUUUAUCUAUAUACAUGAAUCCAGUGAUUGUCAAACCUGGCCUCAGAACCCCUUCAUACUCUUUAAGAUUCUUGAGGACCCCAAAGAGCUCUUAUGUGGGUUCUAUCUAUUGAUAUAUAUUGUAUUAGAAAUUAAAACAGAAAAGUUUUAAAUGCAGUUGUCUUUGAAUAACACGGGUUUGAACUGUGAGUUCACUUAGACACAGAUUUUUUUCCAGGAGUAAAUACGACAGUAUUACGUGAUCUGAGGUUGGGUGAAUAUGUAGCUGUGGAAUCCCUGAUACAGAGGGCCGACGACUAUAAGUAACGUACAGAUUGUCAACGGCGCCCCUAACCUCCACAUUGUUCAAGGGUCAACUGUAUCUAUUUAUUAAUUCAUUUUAAAACAGUAGACCAUUAUGUAAAAUAAAUAGCAUAUUUUUAUGAAAAGUAUUUUCUAAACCAAAAACAUUUAGUAACACGAGUGGAAUUUGUAUUUUUUUAAAUAUCUUUUAAAUGUCUGACUUAACAGAAGACUGCUGAGCUUUCAUAUCUGUUUCUGCAGUCUUUUGUGAUGUUACACAUCAUGUAGCCUCUGGAAUACUUCACUGCACACGCGUGACAGUUUGUGAUUACAGGUGGAAAUCUACAAGACAGUAAAGAUGCACUGCAUUUGGCACAGACAAAUGGUAUCCUCAUAUUACUUUUACCCCUCAAAAUGUGAAUUAAGUUAUUUUGAAGAAGUCUUUCUGAGAACUGCCUCAGAUAUGUUUUUCAGUACAGUUGGGUGUCAUCCUACAAGAUGUGAUGAAUUUGAAAAGAAUAACCCUGAUCUUUACUUGAUGGAGUUACUAAAUCUCGCUGAAAACAACAAGGGGAAAGUUGUAGCAAUAGGGGAAUGUGGACUUGAUUUUGACCGACUGCAGUUUUGUCCUAAAGGUACUCAGCUCAAAUAUUUUGAAAAACAGUUUGAACUGUCAGAACAAACAAAAUUACCAAUGUUUCUUCAUUGUCGGAACUCACAUGCUGAAUUUUUGGACAUAAUGAGAAGGAAUAGAGAUCGGUGUGUAGGUGGAGUGGUGCAUUCAUUUGACGGUACCAAGGAAGCAGCAGCUGCUUUGAUGGACUUGGGUCUCUACAUAGGAUUUAAUGGUUGCUCACUGAAAACUGAGGCUAAUUUGGAAGUUCUGAAGUCAAUACCUAGUGAAAAAUUAAUGAUCGAGACUGAUGCACCUUGGUGUGGAGUCAAAGGUACACAUGCUGGAUCAAAAUAUAUAAAAACUUCAUUUCCCACCAAAAAGAAGUGGGAAAAUGGGCACUGUUUGAAAGACAGAAAUGAACCCUGCCAUAUAAUUCAAAUACUGGAAAUAAUGUCAGCAGUAAGAGAUGAAGAUCCACUGGAACUAGCCAAUACGCUAUAUAACAACACUAUUAAAAUAUUUUUUCCUGACAUGUAAUUGGUAUGUGUCUCCCAUUUUUCCAUCAUGUAUAUAAAAUUUCAUGGUAAAACUUAAAAGUUUCAAUAAAGGAAUUC